UGGUCCAUGCUGAGGUUGGACGAGGAGGCGCAGAGGUGGCUGCCGCUGGCCAACAACCUGCCCCCCGACCUGGUGAACGUCCGAGGCUACGGGUCGGCGAUGCUGGACAACUACCUGUUCAUCGUCGGGGGCUACAGGAUCACCAGCCAGGAGAUUUCUGCCGCCCACUGUUACAACCCGUGCCUAAACGAAUGGAGUCAGCUGGCUUCGAUGAACCAGAAGAGGUCCAAUUUUAAGCUUUUGGCUGUAAAUGGGAAGCUGUAUGCCAUCGGUGGUCAAUCCCUUUCCAAUGUGGAGUGCUAUAACCCGGAAAACGACUGGUGGAAUUUCGUAGCAUCCAUGCCAAACCCUCUAGCAGAAUUCUCAGCUUGUGAGUGCAAGGGCAAGAUCUACGUUAUUGGAGGAUACACUACACGAGAUAGGAAUAUGAACAUUUUGCAGUACUGUCCCACUUCUGAUUCCUGGACCAACUUUGAACUUUGUGAUGUCCAUGUUCGCAAACAACAGAUGCUCUCUGUUGAAGAAACAAUAUAUCUGGUAGGGGGUUGUAUUCAUGAACUUGGACCAAACCAAAAAUCCGGCCAAAGUGAGGACGUGUUAACUGUGCAGUCUUACAACAUUGCUACCAAAGAAUGGCUCUACCUCAAAGAGAACACAUCAAAAUCGGGUCUUAACUUGACUUGCACUCUCCACAAUGAUGGAGUCUAUAUAUUGAGUAGGGAUAUUACUUUAUCUACAAGCUUGGAGCAUCGUGUUUUUCUUAAGUAUAAUAUAUUUACGGACAGUUGGGAGUCACUAAGACGCUUUCCAGCCUUUGGACAAAACAUGCUGAUCUGUUCUAUGUAUUUGCCUGAUGUGCGAGAAGUGUAA